AUGCCACCCAAGACCAGGCAAGACCGAGGUGCGGGCACAGAGGAGCAGGGGGGAAUGGAGCAGGAGCCGGCCAGCUCUACGGAGUUACAAGAACCAGCUGCUGUUGGUAGGGGUGACGCCGUAACUUCGCCUGCUGUGGGCCCAACAGAGGGAAUUGUCUCAGAACUGGCGGGCCUGGUUAAAGUCCUCCUACAGUCCCAAGUUGCCCGUGACGAUCGAAUGGAGCAAGUAAUGGCUAAACAAGACCAGCGUUGGCGAAAUAUGCAGCACCAAUUCCAGCAAAUCCAGCACCAAGUGGGAGAAAUCCAGGCCGGAGGGGACCAAAGGGCACGUCAGGCCGUGUCUACCGCUGCAAGCCCAGUGCCAACAGAAGAAGGUACGUCGUUUGGAACUAUCGAGCCAAGGUUAAACCCCUUGACCAGAGAGGACGACAUUGAGCAGUUCUUAACAACCUUUGAAAGAAUGGCUACGGCAUGCCGGUGGCCCCAAGCUAAUUGGCCGAUAAGACUGGUUCCCCUGCUGACGGGAAAGGCACGUGGGGCCUAUGUAGCCAUGGAUGGGAAUGAUGCUGAGGACUAUGAUAAAGUGAAGGAGGCCAUACUUAUAAAAUAUGAGAUUAAUGCAGAGAUUUACCGGCAAAGGUUCCGCUCAGUAGAGAUUCGGCCAGACGAGAACCCCCGUGAGCUUUAUUGUGGAUUAAGGAGCGUGCUCCAGCCACAGCAGAAGAAGCAGCCAAGCUCGCAGAUACAUACCUGGCUGCCCGCCGGGAGACCCAGCACAGCUUUGGAGGUCGAAGUCGAAGUCAUUAUUGCAGCACAAGCAGGUUACGUGUUCAUCUCAAACUACCUACUCAACUAUUUCCCCGGGAUGGACAUUGAGGAAAGGAACUGUCACGGUUUCACAGCUUUGAUGAAGGCUACCAUGCAGGGCCAGGCAGAGUGCGUCAGGGCUCUCAUGCUGGCUGGUGGUGACAUCCAAGCUCGGGACAACGGCCGCAGUUUGACUCCCAGGGAUUGGGCUCUCUUCACUGGUCGAUACGAGACAGCACAUCUGAUGCAUCGGCUGAUGUCAAAGCCAUGUGCUGAGCAGUUCUGCGACUCCUUCUCCCUGGAGUGGCCCCCGUUGGAGGAGCUGGUGGCCCAGGCCCAGGAGCCCAAGUCCUACCGGAGGCAUUUGAUCAACGUCCUGUCCUGCUGCUCGUAUAGGAUUUACAUAAACAACAAAGUGAACCCCGUGGAUGAAGGCGUCCUUGACCACAUGGUCCAGCUCACCACCGCUCUCUCCAGCCCGGCCAUAGCCACGGCUUGCCACACGGUGUGCCCUGGCAGCCCGCCGUGCAUCGGGAAGCGUCGGCCAGCUGUGCAAGAGAUCCUGAGGAGGCAGCGGGUGUCGGAGCUAAAGCGCCUGGGCCCAGAUAGACUGAACAACUACAAGAAUUUUUUCCAGAACUCGCGAGUCCUCCUCAUCCCCAAGGCAAGGGAUCGCAGGGCCAGCCUGCAGACUCAGCUGCUGAGCGACGUAGCCGCGGUGGCCAUGAGGCGCGCGAGUCUCCUGCCUCUGAAUAUGCUGAGGAGGAGCAGCGUGAGGCCCGGCAUUGUGGUUCCCAAGGUGAGGCUCUGCAAAGACCUGGCUCCCAGCUUCGUACCGGAGAAACUCAAACAGAGCGGUUAUCACAACGACCUCCAGAUCCCCAAAUGGAACUACAAGAUGAAGAGGAGAGGAGACGAGUGUUACCUCUGAUAAGCAGAUGAUGGGAGAUGGGGGAUCAGCUCAGAAAGCAGGAGAAUCUCACAAAGCUUGAGUGUGUCUUGUUGGAAAGCCUGGCAAUCGCAGGUCGCAGUCCUAGAAAAAAUUACCUGAAGAAUUGAGUGCUCAUUUGUAUUGUUUGCUGCAAUUGCAAAUACAUUUUUUUUGCCUUGAUUCCCUGCUUUUAUUCAGAGGGCGUAAUUUAUAAUGCAAUGUGGCAAAAGGAGAUUUGGGG